AUGUCAUUUGGAAUGCAGGUCUCCUUUCUGGUUGUGUUAACAGGAGAACUCAUCUUGGGAAUUCUGGGAAAUGGGUUCAUUGGACUGGUAAACUGCAUCGCAUGGGUCAGGAAUGGGAAGGUCUCCUCAGCUGAUUUCAUCCUCACUGGCUUGGCUAUGGCAAGAAUCACUCAACUAUGGGUAAUACUACUGGAUUCAUUUGUAAUGGGGCUAUUUCCACACCUGUAUGCUGCUGGGAAACUAGAAAAAGUGGUUACCCUUCUUUGGACACUAACUAAUCACUUAACUACCUGGUUUGCCACCUGCCUAAGCAUUUUCUACUUCCUUAAGAUAGCAAAUUUCUCCCACUUCUUUUUCAUCUGGCUGAAGUCGAGAGUGAACAGAGUGCUUCUUGUGUUUUUCCUGGGGUCUUUCUUCUUGUUGCCUGUUAACCUUGCAAUACAGGAUACUGUUAGUGAGUUGUGGAUGAAUGCCUAUAGAGUGCCUGAAAGGAACAUGACUUUGCAUUUAGAUCUAAAGAAAAUUUUCUAUUUUAAAACUCUUCUUCUUCUUAGCUUGACCUAUGUUAUCCCCUUUCUCCUGUCGCUGACCUCUUUGCUUCUUUUAUUUCUGUCCUUGGUGAGACACACCAAGAACUUACAGCUCAACCUGACAGCGAGGGACUCUAGCACAGAGGCUCAUAGACGGGCCAUGAAAAUGGUGACAAGUUUCCUCCUCCUCUUCAUCAUUUAUGUUAUUUCUACUCUACUAGCAGUUUGGCUCUUCAUUAAGAUACAGAAAUAUCAGGUCAUGAUGCUUCUCAUGGUGAUUUCAACUAUCUUUCCCUCAGGCCACUCAUUUAUUCUAAUUUUGGGAAACAGCAAGCUAAGACAAAUCGCCUCGAGAUUACUGCGGUAUCUUAAAUUCUGA